CGGACGUACGGUUUUAAGAGCUAUGGCUGAUUUGUGUUUUAUACGUGAUAAGUCACUUUCAGAAGGUGUUUCUGUGAAUGUUGUACGUGGUUUACAAACUUUAAAAACUGCAAGUAUUGAAAAAAAUGAUGGACAUAUAGACUAUUUAAAUACUUUAAGUUCUGUGAAUAUACAUUCCGAGUGUCGAAAAGUGUACACUAGUAAAAAUGCUAUUGUUGCAUGGAAACGACGCACAGAAGAGGGUGAACCUUCAACGCCAAGUGCACCUCGUAAAAAAAGAAACGAAGUGUUUGAUUUUAAAAAAUUGUGCUUAUUUUGUGGCCAAGAAGCUAAUAAAGUAGCGAAAAGGAAAAAAAAGGAGAAGUAUAGACGGACAAUAAGUAAUGUAAGCACUCUAGCGUUUAAAGAGAACGUAAUUAAAAAAGCAGAAGAACGCAACGAUUCCUUAGGAAAAUUAGUAAAGGAACGUAUACUUUACGAGUAUGAUUUGAUCGCUGCUGAAGCAAAGUAUCAUACUAUUUGCUAUACCAACUUUUUAACUCGAGUACCAUCUGCUGAUAAGAAGCCGCGCCAAGAUGAUCAAGUCACUCAAGCAAUGAAGGAGAUUUUUUGUUAUAUAGAAAAUAAUGAAGAUUCUCAAUUUACGUUGAAAGAACUUAAAGAUGUCCUUACGGAGUACAUACCCGACGAUAAGACGAUUAUUACAAAACUACAACAAAAGUAUUUAACUGACAUAAUAAUUACAAAAAAAAUAGGAGCAUUUACAAUUAUAUCUUUCUGUGAUACACAGGUUAAUGUACUAUCAAAAGCUUGGUAUGAAAAUAAAAAAAGCACCCCUGCAGAAGAACGUUUACGUAUUGUAGAAGCUGCUGCGGUAAUUAUUAGGGAAGAUUUUAGAUCAUCUGUAGUUGAAACUAAGACGUAUCCACCUCCAAAUAAAAUGCUAGAUGGUAUUAAUGAAGAAAUACAAAAAACAUUAUUACAUUUUUUAGAAGAAAUUAUAUUAAAGAAUAGAAAAGGACAAGUAGAUCAUUUAAAAACGAAAUGCACAUCUAUCAGUCACGCAAUAAUGGCUUCGAUACGAGAACGAUCAUUUUCAUCACAGCAUUAUAAUUAAAACCAAUAAAAAUUCUUAUAAUAUUUAAAAUGACAUUUCAACAAAGAUACAAGAAGAGGGCUCAGAGGGCAUAGCCAAUGUUCUCAAAAAUGCGUCCA